AUGGUCAUGUUCGCCUGCGUUCUCCAUAUCAGCAUUGCUGCCUCCCACCGACGGUUCUCCGGGGCUGCCGCACGGCAAACCGCCUUCGACCAUUUCAUUUAUAUCAUCGCCCGCCGCCCCCCUCCCCCCCCCCCCACACACACGCACACACACAGACAGAAAUUAUGGAUUCGGCAGAGUCCUGACGUGGGCCUUGGUUCGCGCCACCGUCGCUACAGUUCCCACUGCUCGCUAGCACUAAUGAUAGGCGCCGCCCGUUUCCGUUUGGGUUCGGGAGCUCCUUCUCCGAUGGCAUCACUAUGGUUGGAUCCCGUUUCAUUAUUCGCGCGUUCUAGCGAAUUUGAAGCUUGCACAACGCUGCCUUCGGCCCCAUCCGAGAGGGCGGGCAAAGCGGGGCACACAUCCGCGUGCGUUCACCCAACCCCCUCCACCGCAGGCUGGUUUUCCUUGAUCCGCUCGCCUUGUCGGUCUCGGUGCUUUCUCCCCCUGCCGCCUCUUCCAUUCCAUGCCGAAAACGAGAAACCGCGCGGGGGUUGGGUCACAUUGUCAUUUGGUGUCUCCCCAAGGGUUUCCGACGCCCCAACAAAUACCCACCGGUGA